AUGAACCACAAGCCAAAGGACCCAGUGAUCCUCAUGAACCACAAGCCGAAGGACCCAGUGAACCUCAUGAACCACAAGCCGAAGAACCCAGUGAUCCUCAUGAACCACAAGCCAAAGGACCCAGUGAUCCUCAUGAACCACAAGCCGAAGGACCCAGUGAACCUCAUGAACCACAAGCCGAAGGACCCAGUGAACCUCAUGAACCACAAGCCGAAGGACUCAGUGAGUUUGGCGAUGAUCCAGCUGGUGAGGAGUUCGGGGGCCCUUGAUAUGGAAGGUGUUAUGUUUGACCCGCUCGUAGAAAUGGCGGGCUAUGAUGCAGAUGGAAACGAUGGAGUUCCGCACCCAAUGGAGGAAGUUCCCGAGAGGAGAUCUCGAGGACCUGCUGCGGGUGAAGAGGGUGUUAGGGGGCUCUCUGAAGAAGAGUUUCAGCGCAUCUUCGAUGAGGUUGGCUACGAAAUGGACUUCCAGACUGUCUAUGUGGUCAGGCCUUUGAGGAGCAGGACAGCCGCUGAAGUGACGGCAGCAGUCCAGGAAACGGUGCUGAAAAUGAAAGCCGAAGGCCUCUACAUCUCCAGGAUACAUGCAGAUCGGGCACGCGAGCUACGUGUCCAGUCACUCCGCACUUGGGCCCUUCAGCGAGGAAUCUUCUGCACGUUUACAGAAGGACAGGCUCCUCAAUCAAACGGGCGAGCGGAGGCGGCGGUUAAGUGGGUGAAAGGGGCGGUCAAGCGGUUGCUGACUGCUACAGAUCUCCCGAAGGAUACUUGGGCGGUGGCGGCGAACUAUGCGGUGCAAGAUCGAAUGGACCGUUUGCUGCGAAAGUCACCUUCAAUGUUGCCGUUUGGAACCAAGGUCCACGUUCGCUCCAAGGUUUACGGGACCGGCGGAAAGUAUGAUCUGGACUCAAGAUGGAAGGGUGGUACGUAUGUGGGGCCCAGCUUAGACGUCAGAGGAGGACACCUGAUAAGGUUUGAGAACGGGGCCUACAUGACAUCUACUCAUCUUCGACCGCAUUUGGUGGAGCCGGAUAAGAUCAUUGACCUUGAGGAGUAUGAAGCUCUACUUCCUGUGCCUACCAGACGGAUAAAGGGCAAAGCGGGUGCAAGGGAGGUGGAGGGUGAGCUUGGAGAUCAUGAAGAGUGUUUCCCUCAUGAUCCUGAUCACCCAGCGGAAUGUUAUGCCAGGAGACUACUUGAGGAGGAGGACGGCGCCCUGACAGCUGACCAGUUGGAGAACCUGGCGAUUAUGCUCCCCUCAACUGCACCUACGCCUAAGCGUUUUGGACCCCAGAAGGACACCCAGAAAAUUUGGAAUGCUGGUGCGUUUGUUCAUGGUGGAAUAGUUGGGGUGAAAACCGCCACCGGAUCAUUCCCGGCGAGCACGAGAGCUUUUGUGAAGUAUGUCAAGCAGCUGAAGCCCGACCACAAGUUCAAUGCCAUUGCUGUGACGACUGAUGUGGAAGCAAAGCAGCACGUGGACGCCCACAAUGUUGGUGAGAAUCUUGUGGCUGGCUUGUCGUACUUCAAGGGUGGCGCUUUGGAGGUUGAGGAACCAACAGGAGUGAAGGUGCUCCCCUUGGACGGUGAUGUGCCCUACCAGGUCUUUGAACCCAAGCAUCGCCACUCUACGAGGCCGUGGUAUGGAGGUUCCAGAGUUGUGCUGAUUGCUUACUCGGUGAGGGACAGCGCUAAGUUGAAGGAGCCUCACUUGGAUCUACUACGGGGAAUGCGUUUCGAGUGGGAGCCACACCUAUCAAAACCCGUUGACGAUCAGGAUCCUCCAGCCCUCAAAGUGAUCAGAGUUGGUCUACUGGAUGCGUCGGCAGGCCAUGGUGUUCCAGAACAACAUCGAGAUUCUCCAGAAUACGGGGGCCUAGAAGGUAGAGUUGCAGACCAUGGUGUUCCAGAACAACCUCGAGAUUCUCCAGAAUACGGGGGUGAGCCUGACAAGGUACCACAAGUUGCUCCAGUAACGAAGGAGGCUUGGUCACAUAUACCUCAUGAUUUGGAGUUGGCCAUUGGAGACAUGGAAGAUCGAGCAGCUAGACUCCGAGACUUGCUGGAGGAGGAAGAGAUCUUGGCUGAAGAGUACCGUCGUAUGGGUGAAGAAACAAGAGAGCACGUAUCGGAUGCUCGUGACCAGGUGUGCGAGUUCUUGGACUAUGUUCAUAAGGAGCUCAUGGGAUUGGAGCGGCUGAGGAGUAUGAUGUGCUUGAAGGCUGCAAGGGUGACACCGGUGAACGAUGACCCGGGCGAGAUCGACUACGAGGCCCUACUGGAUAGCCUAGAGGAGGACCUCAAGAUAGUCCACACUGUUCCUGCUGUCCAAGUCAAACAGUAUUUGAGCCGCUGGACCGAGGCAAUUAAGAAGGAGGUCGAAGCCCUUUUCUCCUCUGGUACCCUACGGAAAGUCUCCCUGGACCAAGCCAAGGAGAUGGAGUCCCAGGGCCUUGUGACGUUUGCGCCUGCUAAAUGCAUCUUCACCCUUAAGCCGCCUCAGGUUCAGGGUAAGCGGGUGAGAAGGAAAUGCCGCUUAGUUAUAUGUGGAAACUUCGUGAAGGACAACGUUGACUUUGGUGAUUUGUAUGCGGCUGGAUCUUCAACAGACUCGCUGAGACUCACUCUCAUAGUCUCUGCUCUGAUGAAUUGGUUUGGGGCGAUCUCGGAUAUCACUGGGGCUUUCCUCUUGGCCACCUGGCCAGAGCAUCUCCCGAAGUAUGGGAUUUACCCGCCCCGAUUGGUCCGAGAGUCGGGAGUUGCUGGUCACGAGGCGUGGAUAGUUGAAAGACCGCUCUAUGGCCUGCGGGAAAGUCCGCGGAUAUGGUGUGACUAUCGCAACAAAAGACUGCUUACUGCUCGCAUUCCAGUCGACAAUGUGAUGUUGGUGUUGAGACCUACGGUGUCAGAGCCAGAGUUGUGGACCAUCAUCGAUGAAGUGACUGGGGUUCUGUACGGGCUCAUCGUGCUGUAUGUGGACGACAUUGCCUACUUCUCCACGAAGGUCAUAGUGAAGGCAGUUCAUGAGUUUGUCGUCAAAGAUUGGCCAGCCUCCCCUUUGGAAUGGAUUGGGGAUGUCGAACCGGUCCGCUAUUUGGGUGUUGAGAUUAAGACGGAGGCCAGAGUCGCAGAAGAUGGUUCGGCGAGGCGAGUGUUUACAAUUGGGCAGUCGGCUUAUGUUCGUGAUCUACUACGAUCGUAUGGGAUGGAGGAGUGUUUCUCUACCCAGCUACCAGUACCGAAGGACUGGAUUGAUCAAGCUGAGAACAAUGACGAGCCUGAGGAGGAGAUCACGGAGGAGGCUACGAAGCGAGCUCAACGUGUGGUUGGGGAGCUGUUGUGGCUGGCAACUAAGACACGACCUGACCUGUUGUUCACGACUAACCAUAUGGCUUCUAUGUUGGGGCGCAGGCCGGACUAUGUUCACCGUGUUGGACUACGUGUUCUGGCAUACCUCUCUGGAACAGUUGAUGUGCGCCUAACGUUGGGCCCGACUACAGAAGUUUCAAAAGAGCUGGUGUGCUUUACGGACGCCUCGUAUGCUCCGUAUGGGAGAAGGAGCUUUGGGGCUGCUGUUGUAACCCUGGCAGGUUCGCCUCUGGCAUGGAAAGCAGGCAGGCAAUCGUUUGUGACUUUGAGUGUUAUGGAAUCGGAGCUGUACGCUGCUACUCAGGGUUGCACCCUGUUGUGUUCCGUCCACUCGCUGCUGAACGAGCUCUUCCCCAACCAGUACCAGAAGGUGUUGGCUAUAGAUAAUACCUCGGCCGUUUCCAUGUGUCAGGGCGGACACGGGUCCCAGAGAACACGGCACUUGAAGAUUCGUGCGAGCUACAUCCGGGAGAAUGUCGAGAAUGGGACUUUGACCAUCAGACACACGCCUGGUGAAUGGCAGCUAGCUGAUCUAGCAACCAAAGCGCAGCCUAAGUUGCGACUGCAUCGCCUGAUGCAGCUAUGGGGCUUUGUGGGCUUUGCUACGAACUGGGUCAAGGAGCUAAAGUUGAAGCUGAUGAUGGUUUUGGUGACUAUAGCUCAGUGCAUAUGCCCAGCUCGUGGAGUCGAGUCUGAAGUGAAAGAGCCUUUGCCAGGCACUGGAGUAGAUGAGCUUUUGCUAGUCUGCUUGGUCACUUCAGUGUUCGCAGUUGUGCUUUGGGAAGUUGUCCGCUAUGUGUACCGCAAGUACCUCCGUUGGUCUAAGAGACAAAGAAAGGCUAAGAAGCUUGAAGAAGUUGCGAGGGCAGAGGAGCAGCGAAGCGGCUACAUUGCGCACGAGACGGAGGCCUCCUACGCCCCCGAUUCCAAGUCCUCCUACUACACCAAGGCGGUCUACGCCGGUUGCCACACCGGGACCCUCACCUACGGCAAGUCAGAUGACGCCUCUGCGGACGACUCCGCAGGAACCCAGAGAACCUACCAUAGGUGCGACAACACCUCAGCGGGUGAGCGAAUGAGGGUUUGCUACGACGUCUUGAUGCUUAUGACCUCAGAUGAGCUACGCGAGACACUCCGAAGGCAGGGGCUCCCUGUCUCGGGCCUGAAGAUGAACCAGGCCGAAAGAUUGGUCGAGUCCUUGAUGAGCACCGACUGUACCAAUCGUCAGUUUCGCUAUGUGCUGUAUUUGUGGAGGCACAAGUCGUUGUCCUACAAGUGUCGUUUGGUUUGGUCCGACAUUGAGCGUUUGCUUGGCCGUGGCGCCGCUGGGGAGGUUUGGCAGGCUGCGGGGCGCGCAAGUGGCAGCCGUGUGGCCGUGAAGUGCAUCGAUCUCGGAUCGCUGACGGCCAAGGAGCGCCACCAGGCAUCGCAGGAGGCAUAUUUGCUGCGCCGGGUGAAGCAUCCGCACAUCGUGAGGUUCUUCGAUUGCAUCGUCGGCGCCCAGCAGAUGCACAUAGUCAUGCAGUUGAUGGAAGGUGGUGACCUGGCAAGUGUCAUCCGCCGGUGCCGGGACGGCGGACAACGGCCUUCGGAGGCUAGCAUUUGGCGCUGGCUUUUGCAGAUGGCCCGCGCUUUGGCCUACUUGCAUAAGAUCUCAAUUCUGCACCGCGACGUGAAGCCUGCGAACAUCUUCCUGUCGGAGGAUGAGCGGACCGCCGUCUUAGGCGAUCUGGGCAUCGCCAAGGUGGAGUCUGGCGUUUCGCGCCAGCUAUAG